GGAGGCGGGCGCGGGGCGUUGACGCCAGCGCGGGGCCGGUGAGGAGGCGGGGUCGCGCCUCGCGCCGUCUUUGUGCUCGCCGGCAGCCCCGGCAGCGCCGACGCCUCCCGCCGCCUCCCACCGCCUCCCUCAGCCCCGCGCGGCGCGGCGGGCGGCUCCGCACCGCACCGCUCGGCCCCGCAGCGCUCCGCGCCGCGCUAUGUGUGCGGGCGUUACCGUGCCUCCUCGCGGCCGCUUCCCACCCGGCGGGGCGCCCUCGGCCCCGCUCUGAGAGCGCGGCGGGGCAGGGAGUAAGCGGAGCGGAGCACGGACGUGCCGCCCGGCGCGGCGCGGAGCGGCGCGGAGCGGCGCGGCGCGGAGCGAAGGGAGUGCGGCGCCAUGCGGGGUCCGGGGCUAGGGCUGUUGCUGGGGAUGCUGCUGGGCACGGCGUGGCUGGUGUGCGGGCAGAACGAGACGGAACCCAUCGUGCUGGAGGGGAAGUGCCUCGUGGUGUGCGACUCCAACCCCACCUCCGACCCCACCGGCACGGCUCUCGGCAUCUCCGUGCGCUCCGGUAGCGCCAAGGUCGCCUUCUCCGCUAUCCGCAGCACCAACCACGAGCCCUCCGAAAUGAGCAACCGCACCAUGAUCAUCUACUUCGACCAGGUACUAGUGAAUAUCGGCAGCAACUUCGACUCGGAGCGGAGCACUUUCAUCGCGCCUAGGAAGGGGAUUUACAGUUUCAAUUUUCACGUGGUGAAAGUGUACAACAGGCAAACCAUCCAGGUGAGUUUGAUGCUAAAUGGGUGGCCAGUGAUUUCUGCCUUUGCAGGGGACCAAGAUGUGACCCGAGAAGCUGCUAGCAAUGGAGUCCUGAUUCAGAUGGAAAAAGGAGACAGAGCUUAUUUAAAACUGGAGAGAGGAAACUUAAUGGGAGGCUGGAAGUAUUCGACAUUCUCUGGAUUUCUGGUGUUCCCGCUUUAAAUCACUUCUUACCCAAGAAAAGGGAGAGAUCUCUUACAAAUUCACAAGUGGUAGCUGGGUUUAAAGAGUUGUGGACAGCAGACUUUUUACAUUCAAAUAUUAAAGAAGCUAAAUCCUGCUUAGGUUUGUGUACACCUGCUUUGAAGAAUUACUACUUAUUUUUGUUAUGUUGCAGCCAACAGGCGGGAGAUGCUAUAAUUGAUCAACCCCCCAUUUAUAUUCUCCCACAAAAUUGGUUCCCAUCCCUGUGUCACUGGUGUAAUCUGCCAUCGUUUCCCUAUGGUUUCUGCCUCACACAAGUAGAUUUUAGAUAUUUCCAUUGUCCUUUACAGCAUAUUUUGUAGUUUUGUUUUUUAAGACAUGUUAAUCUUGACUCUUUCUCUGAGUUUAACUUUUAAAACAAAACAAAAAAAGCAAAGUAUUUUUGAAUACAUGUAUGCCAUGAUGGAAGGGAAAAUGCAAUUCUUGCUGUGUACGGGCUGGCAAAGGGAAAAUUUCUACAUGAAGAACUAUUCACAGCCAAGGCUGACUAGAGUAUUUCAAUAUUUCUAUGUAAUUCUGAGUGAUUGUGAAAUUUAAGGCUGCUAAAUGUUUUGAUGCUUGUUUUGCUCUUGUACAAUGUGGCCCAACUAAACGCCAGAAAGUAUACCGAACUUUUACUAUUACUCUGUAAUAUAUGUGUGAAUAUAAAAAAUUAAUUUUUGCUUUAAUUCAAUAAAGUUUAAAUGGGACUUUUA